AACCGUCAUUGGAGGAGGGUACAACAGCGAUAGCUAUGCGUACAGCUGCAUCAUUUAUACCCCAAGAAAAGCAAAAUUUAUUCGGCUGGGAAGGGGAAAAAGGAUCAACUUAGGUGGAGAUAAAUUGCUGCUGUGGUUUGAAAACCGAGAGAAUUUCUAGGGUUUUGGUGAAUUCCGAUUGGAAUUUGAUGUUGUAUGGUUGUCCUCUGCACUUACACCUUUCGCCGCGUCGCGUGUGGGAUGAGACUGAACUUCAACCCUGGGGAGUGUAAGUUGUGGAAUCAGUAAGUGGUCCUGCAUCGAUUGGAUUCGUAGAAUGUUUCGGAUGGAGGUGGAUUCGUCUCCGAAGGCGGUCGACCCGUCGCAUUACGAUCUUGUUGUCCAGAGACUUUCACGGCUCGAAAUUCCUGACGACGUGCUGAAUGAAGGACCAAGUGGUUUAAUUGCUUUUGUAAAGAGUAAUAGAAUCCGUAUUAGCGACUUGGUGUCUGCUCUCUUGCCUACAGAUGAGGAGGAGGUGGAUGAUUCAUUAUUUUGUGACUGUUUAGUUUGGUUGCAGUGGUUAAUGUUUGAAGGUGAUCCUGGAGCUUCGCUACAACAACUGGCUAGCAUGAGUUCUGAUCAGCAAGGGGUUUGUGGGGCUGUUUGGGGGAAUAAUGAUAUAGCAUACCGCUGCCGGACGUGCGAGCAUGACCCAACUUGUGCAAUUUGUGUUCCUUGUUUCAAGAAUGGAAACCACAAGGACCAUGAUUACUCUGUGAUAUAUACAGGUGGUGGGUGCUGUGAUUGUGGGGAUAUUACUGCCUGGAAACGUGAAGGAUUUUGUUCGAAGCACAAAGGUGCUGAGCAGAUUCAGCCGCUUCCCAAGCAUAUUGCAGAAUCUUUGGGUCCUGUAUUGGAUUUAUUGCUAAGUUACUGGAAAAACAAGAUAGUCUCUGCAGAAAGCUUUCCAGAGGAAAGUCCUAGGGUUUGUAGUCAUAUUGCUGAACUAAAAAACUCUGCAGAUGCUUUGACCUUUGCUAUUGUGGAGAUGCUACUGGGUUUCUGUAAAAAUAGUGAAAGUUUGCUUAGUUUUAUUUCCCAGAGAGUAUAUUCCUCACCUGGUUUAUUGGAUGUUCUUUUGAGGGCAGAGAGGUUCAUGGAUAGUAACGCAGUUGUCGAACUCCAUGAAUUACUUUUGAAAAUGUUGGGCGAACCCAAUUUUAAAUAUGAGUUUGCAAAAGUCUUUGUUCUUUAUUACCCAACUACUGUAAAUGCAGCCAUAAGUGGUGGUGGUGAUACUGCUUUAAAAAAAUAUACACUCCUGUCAACAUUUUCUGUCCAAAUUUUUACUGUGCCAACCAUUACACCGCGACUUGUGGAGGAAAUGAAUAUGCUUGGUAUGAUGUUUCAGUGUUUAGAAAGCAUGUUCUUUUCUUGCUCUGGAGAUGAUGGUAGGCUUGAGGUCACCAAAUGGGCAAGCUUCUAUGAAACUACUCUUCGGGUGAUUGAAGAUAUUAGAUUUGUAAUGAGCCAUUCUGCUGUGCCUAAAUAUUUAUGCCACCAUAGGCGAGAUUUGAUUAAAACCUGGAUGAAAAUUUUGGCCUUUGUGCAAGGAAUGAACGCCCAAAAGAGAGAAGCAGGCAGUCACUUAGAAGAUGAAAAUGAGAAUGCCCAUUUGCCUUUCAUUUUAUGCAGUUCCAUAUCUAACAUUCUCUCUCUUUUAGUGGGUGGGGCAUUUUCAGUCAUUGAAAGUAAUGAUAAUAUUGAAAACUAUUUCAUCAGCACCCAGAAAGUAGAUUGCGAAGACCAAGACAGCCACAGGCAUGCAAAAGUUGGAAGGCUAUCUCAGCAAAGCUCCAUUGGUAGUUCCUCAGGAAAAAGUAUAGUGGAUCAUGAGGCCAAGACCUUUGAUGGUUUUUCUGUUCCAUCAUCUGCUUUGUGGCUAACAUAUGAAUGCUUGAGAUCCAUUGAUUGUUGGUUGGGACUGGAUGAAACAUUGGGUCUUAUCAGUCCCUCAUCUCUGAAAACAAGCGAAGGCUCUGGCAAUAAUUUUUCGGCUUUAAAAAGAACUCUCUCUAAAAUCCGAAGGGGCAGAUAUAUGUUUAAAAGCUCCACCGUGGUUGAAGGUCAAUUAGCCAUUUCACAUGAGGUUCUUAAUAACCGACAGGGUUGCUUGAAUGCUGGUGUGAGGUCGGAUUGUCGGCAACCUGUGGGACAAGGUGCUUCUGGAGGCGGUGAUGACAUUAUGUUAGAAGGAGAGACCAAUUGUGAGGUUGAAGGCUUGCGAUUACUGACUUUAUCCAAUUGGCCUAACAUUAAAUUUGAUGUUAGUUCACAGGAAAUCUCCAUUCACAUUCCUCUUCAUCACCUUCUUGCAAUGGUUUUGCGGAGGGCUCUCAAAGAAUGUUAUGGUGAAUCACGAUUGUCAUAUAUUGAAAGUGGCACUACUAAUCAUUCAAGAUAUGAUGACUUCCUUGGCCAUAUUUUAGAUGGAUGUCAUCCCUAUGGGUUUUCUGGCUUCUUAUUGGAGCAUCCUCUGCGAUUAAGGGUUUUCUGUGCUCAGGUUCGAGCUGGAAUGUGGCGCAGAAAUGGGGAUGCUCCUAUAUUGCUUAGGGAGUGGUAUCGUUCAAUUCGUUGGUCGGAACAAGGGCAGGAGUACGAUCUCUUCUUACUUCAAUGUUGUGCUGCACUAGCUCCACCUGAUCUUUACGUUCAGAGAAUCCUGGAACGUUUUGGGCUAUCAAACUAUUUGUCUUUUAAUCUUGAACUGCCUAGUGAGUAUGAACCAGUUCUAGUUACGGAAAUGCUAUCACUUCUAAUACAAAUUGUGAAAGAACGAAGGUUUUGUGGGCUAACCACCACAGAGUGUUUGCAACGAGAGUUGGUGUACAAACUCUCUAUUGGAGAUGCCACUCGUAGUCAGCUACUCAAGUCUCUUACUCGUGAUCUUUCCAAAGUUGAUGAGCUCCAAGAAGUAUUGGAUAAAGUUGCAGAAUAUUCGAGGCCAUCUGGCAUGGUUCAGGGUAAAUAUAAACUGCGAUCCUUGUAUUGGAAGGAACUUGAUUUGUAUCAUCCUCGCUGGAACUCAAGGGAUCUACAAACAGCAGAAGAAAGAUAUUUGCGAUUUUGUAAUGCUUCUGCACUGACGAUGCAACUUCCUAAAUGGACAAAGAUAUAUCCCCCUCUGAGGGGGAUAGCCAAAGUUGCUACUUGUAAAGCGUUGCUCCAAAUUGUUCGUGCAGUACUAUUCUAUGCAGUUUUUACUGAAAAUCGCACAGCAUCACGAGCUCCUGAUGGUGUUCUUUUGACUGCACUGCAUUUAUUAGCUCUGGCACUAGAUGUCUGUCGAUUACACAAGGAGUCAGGUGAUACAUUAUGCUAUGUAGAUGGUGUAAUCCCAACCCUGGCAUUUGCCAGUGAAGAUAUAACCAUGGGAAAGUGUGGUGAUCAAUGUCUGUUGUCCCUUCUUGUCUAUUUGAUGAGGAUGCAUGAAACAGAAAAGGGACAAAAUUUCACAGAACCCGGCAAUUUUGACCUGGCAUCAUUAAUUUUAAGUUUAAUCAAGACAUUGGUAGAGCUUGAUCAGGGAUGCAUGAUGAAAUUGCAGAAAAUUGCUCCUCAGUUAGCUAGUAAGUAUUUGCAAUCCCUUUCAAGCGAUAAUGCUAGAGACACGGGUUUAGUUUCCAAUGCAGAAAUGCACAAAGCAAAGGCUCGUGAAAGACAAGCUGCUAUACUGGAAAAGAUGAGAGCCCAACAGUUAAAAUUUAUGGAGAGCUUUAAGUCCGGUGACGAUGAUGAGAUGGCUGAUUUCAAAACCGAGCAAAGUGUAUCUGGUCCUGAAAUCUCUAACGAAACAGAAGACUCUGCCCAAGUUAUUUGCUCACUUUGCCGUGAUUCAAAUUCCGAAAGUCCUGUAUCCUUUGUAGUUCUUCUACAGAAAUCCAGGCUUUUGAGUUUAACUGACCGUGGGCCUCCCUCAUGGGAGCAAGUUAUCCAAUCAGGCAAAGAGCAUGUUUCGGAUGAGAUGGCCCCAAGUAAUGAUCUAUCUCCUAUCCUGACGUCAGAUAGCUCAGAUACGAUCUCGCCAUCACAGUUGGAAAAUUUGGCUCAAAGUACUGUAAAUGACUUUGCUUCCAUAGGACAGCCUCAGGAAGUGAAUAAAUUUAUAGAAUUUAUUAAAGCUCGAUUCCCUUCUAUUAAGAAUGUUGAACUUCCUUGCAUGACAAAUGAUGCAAGGGAGAGGAUGGCAGUCUCCGUGGAAGUUUUGGAAAAGCAUAUGUAUUGGUCGAUGAGGGGGUUUCCGUCUAGUUUCAACAAUUUAGAUUUUCAAUUAUGCAAAGAAGAGCUUUCAGUCAAUGAAAGCCACUGUACUGAAUCUCUCUUGGUAGGUAAAUAUGUUGCUGCUCUGCCUAAAGAACAUCUUAAUUACCCCUCAGCUUCACAGGCCAGCUGUUCUGGCAGUGUUAGGAUGGUACCAGCAUCCACUGUGCAGCCUGUAGGAUCUGGAAAUUUAGGUCCUUCUGGCUGUGAUGGAGUAUAUGUUUCAUCCUGUGGACAUGCAGUACAUCAUGAAUGUCUAAAUCUUUAUUUAGUAUCACUUAAAGACAGGCACAUCAGAAGGCUCGUCUUUGAAGGAGGACAAAUUGUUGAUCCAGAUCAGGGUCAGUUCCUUUGUCCUGUAUGCCGGGGACUUGCCAAUGCUGUCCUGCCGGCAUUGCCUGGUGGUCUAAGAAAGGCUCCGCAGCCACCAACCAUUUCAACUAAUAAUCUUAUGGAUGUAAGUAGCCCUUCAACCACAUUAGAUGACGGAUCUCUUUGUCUCCAAUAUGCUUUGUCUCUACUGCGAAGGGCAGCAGAUAUUGCUCGAAAUCACGGGAGUAUAAAAGCCUUACCAGUUUGGAAUUCAAGAAUAAAGCCCGAAAUGGAACCAAUUACUCGUUUAUUAUGUGGAAUGUACUUCCCGGGUCAGGAUAAGCUUUUUGAGACUGGACGAGCCAGCCCUUCAGCAAUUCUGUGGGACACGCUUAAAUACUCCCUCAUGUCUCUUGAAAUUGCAGCUCGAUCAAAAGAGAGCUCAUUGAGUCCCAAUUACAGUGUUGGUGCAUUGUUCAAGGAGCUUAAUUCCUCUAGUGGUUCUUUGUUAUCCCUGCUGCUAGAUGCUAUUCAGAGCAUGAGAACAACAGAUUCGCUGACUGCUCUGCUAAGAUAUCAAGGCAUUCAGCUUUUUGUGAGGUCUUUAUGCCAUGGAACUUGUCCACUCAAAUUAUCUAAAUCCCAUAGCUGGAUAGAAGGUGAUUUGCUUUCUACCUUGCAAACUGCUGAGCAGGGUUUGCGAUAUCCAGAUAUUGAGCUGUGGAAUAGAGCAUCUGAGCCAAUUCUUGCUCAUGAUGCCUUUUCAUCAUUUAUGUGGGUUCUGUUCUGUCUUCCCUGGCCAAUAUUAUCCUGCAAGGAAUCAUAUAUAUCUCUUGUGCAUGUGUUUUAUGUUGUUACUGUGACUCAGGGUAUAAUCACAUAUCUCAAGAAAAGACAGCCCAUUGAUACUGAAAUGGGAUUUGAUGAUACUUUAAUAACAGAUAUUUACAAACUAAUUGGAGGAUGUGGUGAAGCUACGCAGUAUUUUGAAUCAUAUUGCAUUGGUUCUGCUUGUGAUAUACAUGAUGCAAUUCGCAGCUUAACUUUUCCUUAUCUACGGAGAUGUGCUCUAUUUUGGAAACUUAUAAACUGCUCAAAAAAAGCGCUAUUUGGUGGUGGGUCUGACUCCUGGAGUGAAUCUGUGUAUGCAGCUGAUGAUUUACAGCUUGUUACAGAUACUAUGGAGGAGCUUCCAGAGGUCAAAAGGCUGGAAAAGAUGUUCAAGAUCCCCCCAUUUGACCUUGUCAUUAGUAAUGAAGAAUCAAGGCUGACAGCUUCUAGAUGGCUGGGUCAUUUCCUUGAUGUGUUUAAAGCCCAUAAAGCCCAACAUAUAUUGAGAUGUAAUCCUGCAGUCCCAUUUAAGUUGAUGAGUUUGCCUUAUCUUUACCAAGAUCUUCUGCAAAGGUAUAUUAAGAAGUCUUGCCCUGACUGUGGAAAGGUAAAGAAGGAGCCCGCAUUGUGUUUGCUGUGUGGUAAAUUGUGCUCUCCAAACUGGAAAACAUGUUGCAGGGAAAGCGGUUGUCAGGCUCAUGCAAUGGUUUGUGGUGCUGGCAUUGGCGUAUUCCUAUUGGUUAGAAGUACUACAAUCUUGCUUCAAAGAGUCGCACGCCAGUCACCGUGGCCAUCUCCAUAUUUGGAUGCUUUUGGUGAAGAGGAGGACAUUGAGAGGAGUAGGGGAAAGCCAUUAUAUUUAAAUGAAGAACGAUAUGCAACUUUAACUCAUAUGGUUGCUAGUCAUGGGCUUGAUAGGAGUUCAAAGGUGCUUCGACAGACAACACUUGGUUCAAUCUUCACUAUUUAGGAUAUUAUGCUAAUACAAAAGCCAAUAGCUUCUUCCUACUGUUCAGGCUCCAACUUGAAAGAUGAAAUGUCUACUUUCGAACAAUGGGCGAAGCAGGGGGGAGUGCUGUACAGCUUCAUAAAGUAGGAUCUUCUCCGAGAUGGUUGUCUGUCUGGCGAGAGUCCCUAUCCCAUCCCAUCAUCAGAUUCAGAUUCAGAUUCAGAGCUCUACUAUUACCAUCCCAUCCCUGCGAGAGCGGAGCUUCAUGUAUAAAUUUUUAUAUUAUAUAAUAUUAUUGUUCAUGAUCAUUGAUGGAUGUGUGUUUGGAGAAUGAAUCAACGAACUUGGUGUGAACUUGAUUGAAGAAUUCUUCCUUGAUAGAUAGAAAGCUACUUUCUUCUGCAA